GAAAGCGCGGCCCGGCACCGCCACCACCGUCGUCCCGGCAGGAAUGGUCCCAUGUGAAGACAAUCACACUCAGAAGAGGCUGAGAAAUCAAAUACAAUACAUGUUCUGAAGGCCCAACUCGGAAACAAAAAGGACAAGAAAAAUAGUUAAAAAUAAAUAGAAAAAUAGCAGAGCGGCUCCUCACGCCUCGGCUGGACCCAUCGCACACAGGCCAGGCCGGCCGUGCCAGAGCAGUGCCGGAAGCAGGCCCUUGGAGGCUUGUCAUGUGGAUCCGCUGGUGGCUCUGGCCCCUGGUGGCCAUCUGCGCUGCAGACCAGUUCCGGAAUGAGGCUGAGAGAAUCAUGCGAGGCACACCUGUCAUUGACGGGCACAAUGACCUGCCCUGGCAGCUGCUGACCACGUUCAACAACCAGCUGCGGAACGAGAAGGCCAACCUGACGAGCCUCGCCGACACACACACCAAUAUCCCCAAGCUGAGGGCUGGUUUCGUGGGGGGCCAGUUCUGGUCUGCGUACGUGCCCUGUGACACCCAGAACAAGGACGCUGUGAGGAGGACCCUGGAACAGAUUGACGUCAUCCACCGCAUGUGCCAGAUGUACCCAGAGACCUUUGCGUGUGUCACCGACAGCACAGGCGUCCGGCAGGCUUUCCAGGAGGGCAGGGUGGCCAGUCUCAUCGGCGUGGAGGGCGGCCACUCCAUAGACAGCAGCCUGGGUGCCCUGCGGGCCCUCUACCGCCUGGGCAUGCGCUACCUGACCCUCACGCACAGCUGCAACACGCCCUGGGCUGACAACUGGCUGGUGGACACAGGAGAGGACGAGGCUGAGAGCGAAGGCCUGUCACCCUUUGGGCAGAGCGUCGUGAAGGAGAUGAACCGCCUGGGGGUCAUCAUCGACCUGGCCCACGUGUCCGUGGCCACCAUGAAGGCCGCCCUGCGCCUGUCCACGGCCCCCGUCAUCUUCAGCCACUCCUCCGCCUACAGCCUGUGCCCGCACCGGCGCAACGUGCCGGACGACGUGCUGCGGCUGGUGAACCAGACAGGCAGCUUGGUGAUGGUUAAUUUCUACAACGACUACGUGUCAUGCAAAGAGGCGGCCACCCUGUCCCAAGUAGCAGACCACCUGGACCACAUCAAGAAGGUGGCAGGAGCUGGAGCCGUGGGCUUUGGUGGGGACUUUGAUGGUGUUUCAAGGCUCCCCGUGGGGCUUGAGGACGUGUCCAAGUACCCAGACCUGGUGGCCGAGCUGCUCAGGAGGCAGUGGACAGAGGCGGAGGUCAGGGGCGCCCUGGCCAACAACCUGCUCAGGGUCUUCGAGGCAGUGGAGCAGGUGAGCGACCACACGCAAACUCCCGAGGAGGAGCCCAUCCCAAAGGACAAGCUGCAGACUUCUUGCAGGACGAUGUAUGGCUACUCAGAGGCCCCCAGCCUCCACCAGCAGCCAGGGGCCCUGCUGGCCUCCCUCACCACCAUCCUCCUCGGCCUGUGUGUUCUGUGAUGCCCUGGGGUCCGGGACCCCUAGGGUCCUCCAGCUCAGGAGACACCGUGGCCAUCGGAGCAGGGAGAUCCCGGCUCCCCAGCACGAGGCCUGGGCUCUCCUGAGGGCAGGAAGCCGUGGACGGCUCCAGACAGACACACGGUGGACCCUUAAUAAAGGCAACAACCCUUCUGA